AUGGGUUCGCAGGCAGACAGUGUAUUCUCCCCUAAGGCGCUGUGCCACGUUGUCAUCCGCACGGUGCCCGAGAAGUUUCGUUCCAUGAUUCACUUUUGGAAAACUUCACUAGGAGGCCAAAUCGUAUGGAAGAACGACUUCCUCUGCUUCAUCACCUACGAUGAUGAACACCAUCGCAUAGCCAUCAUUGGUCGUCAGGGCACACGACCACACCCCCCCGGCGAUGUGUAUAUGCGCUCUGGUCUCGCCCAUAUUGCAUUCGGAUAUGCCUCUUUACACGACCUUCUCACCGCUUAUCAGCAGCGAAAGAAAGCUGGUAUCUACCCCGUCUGGAGCGUCAAUCAUGGGCCAACUACAAGUAUUUACUACGAAGACCCCGAUGGAAACGAACUUGAAACCCAAAUCGACAAUUUCGACGACCCCAAUGACGCUACAAAAUUCAUGAACUCGCCGCAAUGGGUCGAGAACCCAGUAGGUGCAGACAUUGAUCCCGAAAACCUUCUACAAAGAUUGGAAAGCGGAGAGUCGGAAACUUCACUCAAAAUUCGACAAUCUGUGGGACCAAGAACUCGCCGGUAG